UAGAAGGAUGCCAUGAAGGAAAUGACUGCUUUGUAAAGCCAGGGUAAACUUCUGAAAUGCCUUGAUUAAAACAAGCUAUAUUAAAGACCCCAAAACCACUUCCCUCGCAGCUUUCCUCUGAAUGUCUUUCACAUGAAAUGGGCCUGAGUCACUCUAAGACUCACCCGAGGGUGAUCAAAGUAGCACCUUUGCAAAACAAAGAGGUAGAGACUCCCUCAGCUGGCCCUGUGGACUUUGCAUUCAAUCAGAAUUUGGAAGAAACGACUUCACAUUCACUGGCAAGACUGCAGGACCAGAAUAAAGCCUUGGAAGGGCAGCUGCCACCUUUACAAGAAACCUGGUAUGGAAGAUACUCUGCAGCAUCCAGAGACGUGGAUUUUGACAUCCCACUGGAACACAGAGAAACAAGUAUUAUUAAAAGGCAUCCACCCCAAAGACUUCAAGUAAGAUGAAUUUAAAAGGCUUCAUAAGGAAUUUCUUGGAUAUAAUGAAGCUUGAACCCGUUGACUUGCCACGAGUAAUUACUUCAGGAAGACUCCUGAGCCAGCGAGAAGCCAGGACAAUGCACAAAGCAAAGGUACUAGAAAAGAAAAUGCAAACUCCAAUGUAUACUUCUGAGAACAGACAAUAUUUGCAUAAGAUGCAAAUGCUGGAAAUGAUUCGUAAAAGACAAGAGGCCCAAAUGGAGUUAAAGAAAAGUCUUCAUGGAGAGGCAAGAAUUAAUAAGCAAAGUCCAAGGGACCAUAAAGCCAAGAAAACCCUUCAAAGCACCCCAAAGAACGAUGGCCAUGACCUUCUAACCAUAUUGCCUGAUGAAAUCUUGAACAGAGGUCCCGGUAAUUCACAGAAUACAGAAUUUUUGAAACAUCAAGCAGUGAAUAACUACUGUCCCUGGAAAACUGGCACAAUGGAAACAUGGCUUCAUGAACAAGAGGCCCAGAGACAGCUUCUCUGGGACAGUUCCAGCUCUGACUCAGAUGAGUUGGGGAAAGAUGAGAAGAAGCCACGAGCACUGGUGAGGACCAGGACAGAGAGAAUCCCACUUUUUGAUGAGUUUUUUGAUCGAGAAUAAGAAUACUAUUCACUAACCU